AUGGCCCCAAUCGCACGCUCCGAGGUCCUCAAGCGCCUCCGCAAAGUCAUCGCCUCGGGAAGCCCCAUCGUGGGCGCCGGCGCCGGCAUAGGCCUCUCGGCCAAGUUCGUCGAGCAGGGCGGGGCCGACCUUAUAAUCAUCUACAACUCAGGCCGGUUCCGUAUGGCCGGCCGCGGCUCGCUGGCAGGGCUGAUGCCGUACGGCGACGCCAACGCCAUCGUCGUCGACAUGGCCAAGGAGGUGCUCCCAAUCGUGCGCGACACCCCCGUGCUGGCGGGCGUGUGCGGCACCGACCCCUUCCGCGACAUGCCGCGGUUCCUGCGCCAGCUGAAGGAGCUCGGCUUCAGCGGCGUGCAGAACUUCCCGACCGUCGGCCUCGUCGACGGCUCGUUCCGCGCCGGCCUCGAGGAGACGGGAAUGGGCUACGCGCUGGAGGUCGACAUGGUGCGCGCCGCGGCCGAGAUGGACCUCGUGACGUCGCCGUACAUCUUCAAUGUCGAGGAGGCCGUUAGCAUGACGGAGGCCGGGGCCGAUAUCAUUGUCGCCCAUAUGGGGUUGACGGCCAGCAAGGGGAUCGGGGCGAAGACGGGCAAGAGUCUGGACGACUGCGUCAAGCUUAUCCAGGACAUUAGGGAGGCGGCGGUGAAGGUCAGGGACGGCGUGAUUGUUCUCUGUCACGGUGGCCCGAUCGCAGAGGUGGCGGAUGCUGAGUAUGUCCUCUCGAGAACGAAGGGAGUGCAUGGAUUCUUCGGGGCGAGUAGCAUGGAGAGGAUCCCCGUCGAAAUUGCCAUCACAGACAACACCAAAAAGUUCAAGGGGAUCAAGAUACCGAGCUAG